GCUUUCACUAACGCAUAUUUCGCUAACGUCACCGUUUAUUGCGCUCCUCGUGCAACUCGUUGUGAAAUAGCUUUUGUGCAAUUUGCUCGCCUUUGACCAUUACCAUUUGAGUUUUGGCCUUAUCGAAUAGCACUAAGGGAAUUAGUGAGUUUUCAUCGAUAUCUCUUUAAUAUAUAUUUGAGAAUUUAAUUUCUGAAAUUAGCUAGUUUCAUUCUAUACAAAUAAGUAUGAAAAUGGGGCAGUACCUGUUUACGAAAUGUAUUAGUGAAAAGCGUACUAAUUUUUUUAAUUAGAAAAAUUCUUAUAUAAAAUAAGCAGUUAAAGGGCAUAAGAGCUUUUUUUGAUUGAUUGAUGUACAAAAGAAGAGAAAAAUCAGCGGAUAUUAAGAGCGUAAUUAGGAUGACUAGCGUGUUCGCGAGUUAAAAAUUAAUGUUUGGAAAACUCAAUAAAUCACGAAUGAUUAUAGAUGUAGAUUUGUUCUAAAUGUUAUGCAAUGAGUUAUAUUAAAAAAAAAAGAACUUGAAACCGGAAAUGUUGAUCAAAAAAUUAACAACAGUUAGGCGUAACGCUUGAUUUCCAGAAGAAGAUAUUUGUACUAACUAUAUUCUACUAUUAUAGUUACUAUCGAAUUAUACAAAUGGCUGUGAGAGCACAAUUCGAGGGAAACAACGAAAUCGGAGUUUUCUCCAAAUUAACUAAUGCCUAUUGCCUCGUGGCUAUUGGUGGAGCUGAAAACUUCUAUAGUAUUUUCGAGGGAGAAUUGUCAGAGCAGAUUCCCGUUAUACAUACUUCUAUUGGUGGAUGCAGAAUUAUUGGACGUCUUUGCGUAGGUAACCGUCACGGUUUACUAUUGCCUAAUACUACAACCGAUCAAGAAUUACAACAUAUAAGAAACAGUUUACCAGAUUCGGUUGUAAUACAGAGAGUAGAAGAGAGAUUAUCAGCACUUGGUAAUGUUAUUGCCACAAAUGAUUACGUUGCCCUCGUCCAUCCAGAUUUAGACAAGGAAACUGAAGAACUACUUGCUGAUGUACUUAAGGUCGAAGUGUUUCGACAAACUGUUGCAAGCAACGUUUUAGUAGGGAGUUAUUGCGUACUAUCAAAUCAAGGCGGCUUACUUCAUCCAAAAUGUACCGUUGACGAGCAAGACGAGUUGUCUUCACUAUUGCAAGUACCACUGGUGGCAGGAACAGUGAACAGAGGAAGCGAUGUACUCGCUGCAGGUCUUGUUGUAAAUGAUUGGUCAGGAUUCUGCGGUUUGGACACUACGAGUACGGAACUAUCAGUUGUUGACAGUGUAUUUAAACUGGCUGACGCUCAGCCAACGACUAUCCAGUCAACUAUGAGAGAUAGUUUGAUAGACAGCCUUUCUUAG